CGAGCCCGUCUGGCUGCGCGUCCCCAGCCCCGCACCGCUCUGCGGGCCGGCCGUCAGGAUGCAGGCCCCGCACAAAGAGCACCUGUACAAGCUGUUGGUGAUCGGUGACCUGGGUGUGGGCAAGACCAGCAUCAUCAAACGCUACGUACACCAGAACUUCUCCUCGCACUACCGGGCCACGAUCGGCGUGGACUUCGCGCUGAAAGUGUUGCACUGGGACGCGGAGACCGUGGUGCGCCUGCAGCUCUGGGACAUCGCAGGUCAAGAAAGGUUCGGAAACAUGACAAGAGUCUAUUACCGAGAGGCUAUGGGCGCGUUUAUUGUCUUCGAUGUCACCAGGCCAGCCACAUUUGAAGCAGUGGUAAAGUGGAAAAAUGAUUUGGACUCGAAAUUAACUCUGCCUAAUGGCAAACCAGUUUCAGUGGUUUUACUGGCUAACAAAUGUGACCAGGGCAAGGAUGUGCUUAUAAACAAUGGCCUCAAGAUGGACCAGUUCUGCAAGGAGCAUGGCUUCGUAGGAUGGUUUGAAACAUCAGCUAAGGAAAAUAUAAACAUUGAUGAAGCCUCCAGGUGCCUGGUGAAGCACAUACUUGCUAAUGAAUGUGACCUAAUGGAGUCCAUAGAGCCUGACAUCGUGAAGCCUCAUCUCCCCUCACCCAAGGCCGUCAGCUGUUCCAGCUGUGCUAAAUCCUAGGAGGGUCCUAUGCUGGCAUAUGACAGACAUAAUCCCAUGAUCUCAUGAAUUAUGCCUCCAUUUGUACCAUUUUGGGUAAACCAGGAGGGGAAACACACGUGCCAAG